UACAAGGUAGGGGGUAUGACGCAACCGCUGGUAAGGACAAACAAACUAAACUCCUUCUGCUUGCCGCUGUAGCUUAUACUGUAUACUUCACAAGAUAUUUUAAUGACGCUGGUGUUAACAUUUAGUGCGUAUCUUAAAGAUAAGGACAGCUAUCAAGAGUAAAUAUAUUUCUUCUGAAGAACAUUUCGUCAAAGUGUGUGAUUGUUCCAAUACUUGUUCUAACAAGGGAAAUGUCGUAAAGUCGGCAUUGAUUGAGAGAUUACGGUGAACUUCAAAGAGAAAGUAAUUGUUUUAAAUAAAUGACCUUGGAAAGAUGUGAUUGGCUUAGAGAAAACAGCCGGUGACCAUUACACCCGGUAUAAACCUGGUAUAUCACUUGGAGACGGACUGACUUGUCAUGAAAACACCGGAUAUGUACCCCUUAUACUUCGUUGUGAUUUUUUUAACCUUUGCGUGGAGUCUACCAGAGAGAUGGGAAGCUGAGAACUGCCCGCAGGAAUGUACAUGCCUUUUGGAAGGCAUCCUCAGAACAGUAUACUGUGACAUAGAAAACACACAACAGCUUAGAGCUGUUCCAAGCAAUUUUCCAGCUGACGCACAGCGCAUUACAUUGAAAGGAAAUCGAAUUGCAAUCAUAUCUGCUGAAGCGUUUGAAAAUCUACGAGAUCUCCGAUAUCUCAAUAUAGCGUCAAAUGAACUGCAAAGUUUACCACAAAAUAUCUUUGUAGGUUUAACAAGCUUGGAAUCUUUAAACCUUUCUAGAAACAAAUUACGACGAUUACCUUCAGGCCUUUUGAAUGGACUAAAUUCUUUACGAGAAUUAUAUCUUGAUGGAAAUGUCUUAGAAAAUCUACCGAAAGAUUUUUUCAAAGGUUUGACAUCCCUGCGAAGAUUAUAUUUGGAUAGCAAUAAAUUAUACACUUUGUCACACAGGUUGUUUGGUCUUCGUGAUGAACAGUUCAACACUUCUUCCUCACCUAGCAAUAACUACACAUCAUUAGUUGAACUUUUGCUAGAUCACAACGGCAUCGCUCAAGUGAAGCACGAUUCAUUUAGCAAAAUGUCUGAUUUAGAACGAUUAAAAUUGAAUAACAAUAAUAUUACAACGCUACCAGAGGGGAUAUUUCGGGAUUUGAAGUCAUUGCGUCUCUUAUCAAUUUAUAAAAAUCCAUUUCAAUGCACGUGUUCUCUGAAGUGGUUAAAGCAUUGGAUUAUUCGCAAUACCAAAAAUGUGUUUAUAUUUAAUCGACAGUUGAUACAAUGUGACGGUCCAGCAAGAUUGCAUGGAAGAGGUUUACUAAAAGUUCGAGACAGCGAGUUUGGCUGUGAAAACGAGUGGACGGAGUGGAGUGACUGGAAUAAUUGUUCAGGAGCUUGCAAUCAUGGAAGACAAAGCAGAAUUAGAGAAUGUAAAACAGGAUUGUGCGAGGGCAGGCGCUUUGAGAGUAGGCGAUGCAGCCUGAACAGGUGUGGGCCAGAGUGGAGCCCAUGGAGUGUGUGGACACCAUGCAGUGCUUCGUGUUUCACGUUUGGGUUUCAAACACGCAGUCGUAGCACACAUUGCGGUAUUCAAACGCCGUGCCAACGACAGAUAGAAUCCGAAGUACGAACGUGUGCAAGGAGACCUUGUCUUUUAUAUACUGAAUGGACAUCUUGGUCCAAGUGUGACGCUUUGUGUGGCCAUGGAACAAGAGUACGUACAAGAGAAUGUACAGCUCCACAUUCUGGGCUGGUCUGUCCUGGAGCUAACAUUGAAACUCAAGAUUGUAAGAUUACAGAAUGCGCUGAAUGGACAGAAUGGGGUACAUGGUCAGUAUGUAGCAGGAACUGCUCAGGAGGGGAACAAACUCGUACAAGAGAUUGUGUUAAGGUACAUGGUUCCCAACAAGAAUGUCCUGGGAAUAAUACAGAGUUGAGAGAUUGCAAUACGAAGCCAUGUCCAGUGAAUGGAGGCUGGUCACCAUGGCAACCCUGGGGUAGCUGUAGCAAAACAUGUGGGUUUGGGUACAACACAAGACAAAGAAAAUGUUCCAACCCUACACCUCAACAUGGUGGGGCCGAAUGUCUAGGGCUCAAGAGUGAGGUGGAUAUUUGCAUCAGUAAAAUUUGUAAAGAUACAAACGAGUUUACACAAUGGUCAGAAUGGAGUCAAUGUUCUUCACAAUGUGGAGGAGGAUUUCAAUCUCGUCGUAGGUCAUGUAAAAGGCAAGAUCCCAAGACUGGUGUAGACAUGUGUUUGGGAAAUAAUAAAGAGUACAGGUACUGUGAAGGGGAGGAGUGUGAGGGUGGUUGGGGAGAGUGGACACCAUGGACUCGAUGCAUGGGAAAAUGUUACCAGGGAAAUAUGUUUCGUUGGAGAUUUUGUGGAGAUGAAAUUGGUCGAUCUGGUUAUAAAUGCAACAAUAAAACAUUUGAUAUCCAAAAUAGAACUUGCAGACCAUUAUCUUGUAAUGCUCAACCAAUAUGGUCUGGGUGGAGUGGUUGGUCUUCCUGUUCUCUUAGUUGUUCUGGAGGUGUGAAAAGACGUUGGCGGUAUUGUCUUACAAAAAUUCUUGGAAAACCAUGUCCUGGUAAUCUUGAAAGUAAAGCAGUUUGUAAUACAGAACCAUGUCCCAUAAAUGGUGGUUGGAGCUCUUGGAGCAACUGGAGUGAGUGUGACCAGCCAUGUGAUGGAGGGAUGAGGCAAAGAAACCGCUCAUGUACUGAACCAAAACCUCAAUACAAUGGACAAUCAUGUGUGGGAGAUACCACUAAUAUAGAAAUAUGUAAUAAACAUAGAUGCAUUGAUGAUAUCCAAAAUGAUAAAGGUAAACCACCUGAAGAAGUUAAGAGACCCAAGGGUCCUAUUAUAUUGGGGGAAUUUGCAAACUGUUCCAACCCAGAAAUGCCAAAGAAUGGUAAAUACACAAUCAAGAAACAAAGAGAUGCACACAAAUUUCUUCUGUACAAAUGUAAUGAUUACUAUCGAAAUCGCGCACACAGUACGAUACGAUUCUGUGGAGAUGAUGGUACCUGGUCUGGAGAGCCUGCUGAUUGUGUGCCUGAUUGUGGAGAGGUCAAAGAAAAUAAAACAAAAAGACGGAUGGUUGAGAAAGAGAAAAUCAUCAGAAGCCUGUCUGACUCAUGGCCAUGGCAGGUGGCUAUAUUUAAACCAAUGGAAGUAACAGUGAAGUGUGGGGGCUCAUUGAUUGGUGAUCAAUGGGUUUUGACAGCAGCCCAUUGUGUUCUUGAUCCAGAUACCAAAGAACAUUUUCAACGUAUGAAGGUAAAAUUGGGCACGUACAAUUCAGAACAUGACGAAAAUUCAAGAGGAGUACAAGAAAUUUAUGUGAAUAAAACAGUGCAUAACCAUCAUUAUAAUUGGAUUAAUCAUUCAUCUGAUAUUGCCAUAUUAAAGCUAGAAAAAAAGGUUUCCAUAACCAAGUAUGUGCAUCCAGUUUGUUUGCCAAAAACACGGAGGAGAAAACGUCUAACGCGCCCUCGUCAAACCGGCGUAUUUGUUGGGUGGGGAGGAAACCAAGACUCCAAUCUGCGACAAAUAACACUACCUGUUGUCGGACUAAAGGAAUGUAAAAAAGCAUAUCAAGAAAAUAGAUAUGCUGUAACAAAUAAAAUGCUUUGUGCUGGCUUUCAGAAAAGAGGACGUGGAUUUCAAGAAAAAGAUAGUGGAGGAGGCUUUGUUUUUCUUGAAGAAGGAAAACGAAAGAAUCGUUGGGUACUUGGUGGAAUUGCUAGCUGGCGACAUCCAAAAAGUAUAAAAUAUAGUGUUUUCACUGAUGUGACUAAACACAUAAAUUGGAUAGUGAACACAAUCUCAGAUUUAUCAUAACUUAAACUAUAUGUUCAUAAUUAAAAAGAUUCUAUAUUAAUAUAUAAUAUAAAAAUACUGAUGGCAAAAUUGGUUUUACAAUUAACUAUAGCAGACAUAAUCAGUCCUUACUGUAACAUUAUGUGGUUUACCCAGGACUUUGGACAAAAUUAAGCUGUAUAUAAUUUUGUACAAAACUCAUUUCUACGGUGUUUUCAGAAUAUAAAAGCAAUAUACUACAAAGCAUCUUAGAUGAAGAGAUAAGUAAAAUAUUUAUUAAAGCCUUUAAAAUAUUUAAGUUUGAAGGCGUUUUUUAAUGUGGAGUUUGUUUGGGGGAAAUAUAUGUGGGUUAU